UUGCAAACAUUUGCGUCUCCCAAUUUAGCUGGUCUUGACACGAAAUUCGACGUGGAUAUCCGAGUAAAUCUGGGGAAACUGUCUGAAGAUUUGGAAACUUUUAACGAAAAUUUUAUCUUCAUCCGAACCAUCAACAUGUUGCGAGACAAGGCUCCUGGCACAUUUGUCGUCCGCGAUUCCAACAGCUUCCCCGGAGCAUUCGGACUAGCCCUGAAAGUGGCCACACCUCCGCCUGGAGUUGCGCCAGGUUAGCU